ACGUAGGUAACAUGUAACACUACGAAUUAGCUGAGUAAGCUUAACAUGUCAUGUGGUUUGAAGUCGCAAACAGUCACAUCGUGUUCUUCUUCUUCUUCUACACCACGCACGCAUCACUGAGAAAAAUUAUCAUCAUCCAUGGAAACCAAACUGUUUGAUCCGUUUCUUCACUUUCCCUCCGUCUCUUCAUCCACCUCAAUUUCCACACUCACAUUCUUCUCCCCCCUUCCUCUUCGUCGCUACCCUUCUCUCAAAUUACUCGCUCACAAUUCCCUCUCUUCACAUACCGAUCCAAUUCAACAUAACCAACCAUCUCAAUCUUACUCUCCUACACCUCCCAAUCGACAACUUCGCACCCCUCAUAGCGGAUAUCACUUUGAUGGAACUGCUCGGAAAUUCUUUGAGGGUUGGUACUUCAAAGUUUCCAUUCCGGAAAGGAGACAGAGCUUUUGCUUUAUGUAUUCAGUUGAGAAUCCUGCGUUUCGCAAACAAUUGACGCCUUUCGAAUUGGCCCAAUAUGGGCCCAGGUUUACUGGUGUUGGGGCCCAAAUUCUUGGUGCUGAUGACAAAUACAUUUGCCAAUACACUCCUGAAUCACACAACUUCUGGGGAAGUAGGCAUGAACUGAUGUUGGGUAACACUUUUGCGGCCAAACAAAAUUCGAUACCUCCAAACAAGGAAGUUACUCCUCAGGAAUUUAAUGAUAGAGUGCUGGAAGGUUUUCAAGUGACUCCCCUUUGGAAUCAAGGAUCCAUUUGCGAUGAUGGAAGGUCGAAUUAUGUAAAAACAGUAAAGACGGCUCGCUGGGAGUACAGUACACGUCCUGUAUAUGGUUGGGGUGAUGUUGGGUCCACACAGAAGUCAACUGCUGGUUGGCUUGCAGCUUUUCCUGUUUUUGAACCACAUUGGCAAAUAUGCAUGGCUGGUGGACUGUCAACAGGUUGGAUAGAGUGGGAUGGUGAGAGGAUUGAGUUUGAUAAUGCCCCAUCUUAUUCAGAAAAGAACUGGGGUGGAGCAUUCCCGAGAAAAUGGUUUUGGGCUCAAUGUAAUGUUUUUGAAGGUGCUAGUGGAGAGAUUGCACUUACAGCAGCUGGUGGAUUGAGACAGAUUCCUGGAUUAACUGAGACAUUUGAAAAUGCUGCAUUGAUUGGAAUUCAUUAUAGUGGAAAGUUUUAUGAAUUUGUGCCAUGGAAUGGUGUUGUAACCUGGGAAGUUGCUACUUGGGGCUAUUGGUUUAUGUCUGCAGAGAACGGCAAUUAUGUGGUUGAAUUAGAAGGCACAGCAGAUGAUCCAGGCACUACAUUGCGUGCUCCAACAUCAGAAGCUGGCCUUUCCCAAGCUUGUAAAGAUACAUGCUUUGGAAUUCUAAAAUUAAAAUUGUGGGAACGAAGAUAUGAUGGAAGCAAGGGAAAGAUGAUAUUGGACGUGACAAGUGACAUGGCAGCUCUAGAAGUUGGAGGAGGUCCAUGGUUUAGCACUUGGAAAGGCAAGACAUCAACACCACCUAUCCUUAGUCGUGCUAUUGGAUUACCAGUAGAUGUAGAUGGCAUAUAUAAUCUGUUUCCUCUGUUUAAACCACCUGGCUUGUAGUAACUUAUUUUGUUUUGUAAAACUUUUCUCUUGAUGAACGCAAGUGGUACCAUAUUUUUUAAUGAAAAUGUGCGAUAGGAAGGAGUAUAAUAAAAGAGAUAUUUUUUUUUGGUCAACUAUAAUAAAAAGAAAGUGUAAUUGUUCCAA